AUGUUGAAGGAUGAUGAUGAGGAUGAUGAUGAGGAUGAUGAUGAGGAUGAUGAUGAAUAUGAUGGUGAGGAUCAUGAUGAGUAUGUUGACCAGGAUGGUGAUGAGGAUGAUGUUGAGGAUGAUGAUGACGAUGACGAUGAGGAUGAUGAUGAGAAUGAUGAUAAGGAUGAUAAUGAGCAUGCUGAUGAGGAUGAUGAAGAGGAUGAUGGUGACGAUGAUGAUGGUGAUGAGGAUGAUGAUGAGGAUGAUGAUAAGGAUGAUGAUGAGUAUGAUAAUGAGUAUGAUGAUGAGGAUGUUCCUGAGCACGAUGAUGAGGAUGAUGAUGAGGAUAUAAAUGAGAAUGUCAAUGAUGAUUAUGAUAAGGAUGAUGGUGAGGAUGAGGAGCAGAAGGAGGAUGAUUAUGAUGAUGAUGACGGGGAUCAUGAUGAGGAUGAUGAUGAGGAUGAUUAUGAGGACGAUGAUAAGGCUGACGAUGAUGAUGAAGAUGAGGAUGAGGUUGAGGAUGAGAAUGAGGAUGAUGUUGAGGGUGAUGAUGAGGAUCAUGAUCAGGAUGACGAUGAUGAGGAUGAUGAUGAUGAUGAUGAGGAUGAUGAUGACGGUGAUGAUGAUGACGAGGAUGAUGAUGAGGAUGAAGAUGAGGAUGAUGAUGAGGAUGAUGAUGAGGAUGUUGAUGAGUAUGAUGAUGAGGAUGAUUGUGAGGUUGAAGAUAUGGAAGGUGAUGAGGAUGAUGAUGAGGAUGGUGACGACGAAGAUGAUGAGAAUGAUAAUGAGGAUGAUGACGAGAAUUAUGAUGAGGAUGAUGAUGAUGAUGAGGAUGAUGUUGAGGAUGAUGAUGAGGAUGAUGAUGACGAUGAUGAUGAGGAUGAUGAUGUGGAUGAUGCUGAGGACGCUGAUGAGGAUGAUGAUGAGGAUGAUGAUGACGAUGCUGAUCAUAAUAAUGAGGAUGAUGAUGAGGAUGAUGAUGAAGAUGAUGAUGAGGAUGAAGAUGAGGAUGAGGAUAAUGAUGAGAAUGAUGACGAGGAAGAUGAUGGACAUAAUAAUGAGGAUGAUGAUGAGGAGGAUGACGAGGAAGAUGAUGAGCAUAAUAAUGAAGAUGAUGAUGAGGAUGAUGAUGAGGAUGAUGAUGAUGACGAUGAUGAGGAUGAUAAUAAUGAUGAUGAUGAGGAUGAUGAUGAGGAUGAUGAUGAGGAUAAUGAUGAGGACGAUGAUGAGGAUGAUGAUGAGGAUGAAGAUGAGGAUGUUGAUGAGGAUGAUGAUGAGGCUGAUGAUGAGGAUGAUGAUGAGGAUGAUGAUGAGGAUGAUCUUGAGGAUGAUGAUGAGGAUGAUGAUGACGAUGAUGAUGAGGAUGAUGAUGAGGAUGAUGAUGAGGACGAUGAUGAGGAUGAAGAUGAGGAUGAAGAUGAGGAUGAUACAGGGGAUUAUGACGAGGUGGAAGAUGAGCAUGAUUAUGAGGAUGUGGGUCAGAAUGAUGACGUUGCCGAUGAGGAUGAUAAUGAGGAUGAUGAUGAAAUUGAGGAUGAUGAUGAUGAAGAUGUCGAGUAUCAAGAUGAGGAUGAUGAUGAGAAUGAUGCUGAGGAUGAUGGUGAGGAUGAUGAUGAGGCUGAUGAUGAGGAUGAUGAUGAGGAUGAUGAUGAGGAUGAUGUUGAGGAUGAUGAUGAGGAUGAUGAUGACGAUGAUGAUGAGGAUGAUGAUGAUGAGGAUGAGGAUGAUGAUGAGGAUCAUGAUGGGGAUCAUGAUGCGGAUGAUCAUGAGGAUGAUGAUGAGGACGACGAUGUGGAUUACGAUGAGGAUGUUAUGGGUCAUGAUGAGGAUGAUGAUGACGAUGAAGACGAGAAUGAAGAUGAGAUUUAUGUUGCGGAUGAUGAUGAGGAUGAUGAAGAGUAUGGUUAUCAGGAUGAUGAUGAGGAUGAUGAUGAGGAUGAUGAUGACAAUGAUGAUGAUUAUGAUGAUGAGGAUGAUGAUGAGGAUGAUGAUGAGUAUGCUUAUCAGGAUGAUGAUGAAUAUGAUGUUGAGGAUGACCAUGAGGAUGAGGAUGAGGAUGACUAUCAUGCUCAGGAUGGGAAGAUGACGAGUAUGAUGACAAGGAUGAUGAUGAGGAUG